AUGCCACCGAAAGACCAGGACAAUGUCUACGGAGGUGUGUACACCUAUGGUGGUUUGGACACCGCAAACUGCGGUCCAGUUCUCGCAUAUCAACCGCUCUCGUCAGCAACCUACUACCAGUUCAAGCUUGAUGCCGUUGCUUCAAGCACUUACUCGUCAACAAAAGGAUGGCAAGCUAUUUCUGACACUGGUACAUCCUUGUUGGCCGCUCCUACGUCGAUAGCCAGCGCUAUCGCUGACGCCAAUGGAGCUACGGGUACGAGACGCAUCGCGUACAAGGCAAAGUAA